AUGCGCUUCACGCAUACUUUGUCGCAAUGUAUUAGAAAUCUUUUUGAGCCAAUUGUUGCUGCUGAUCGACUUCAGGAAUUCGGCGCAUCUUAUGCGGAAAUGGAAGGUAAUGAUGGUUGCCAAGAAAAUAAUCGUAUUCCGCUUAGUUACUGGGAUCGUCUUUCUGUUGCGAUCACUUCUACAGCUAAUGAAUUUUUAGAAAAUCAAACGACAACAGAGUCACAGAUAUUGCCAAUAAGUGACUUGUUACUUCUUAAAUUCGUAAGUGAAUUAAAUCCUGAAUUUCAAUUGGAGGCCAUCAAAAUUUUGCGGUUAUCUACGAGGUUACCCGAGAACCUACAAGGGGAAACGAGAAAUGUAUGUACUUGGAAUACACUCGCAUUAUUUGUUGCUAACCAAAUACGGUUUGGCUAUGAAAUGGAACGUAUGCUUAGAACCGAAGUAAGAAAACUUCGCUUGAACCAUAUGAAAAAAUCAGUUUGA